CAGUUGAAGAAACAGCUAACCUGCCUCCUUCUCCACCCCCAUCACCUGCGUCAGAGCAGACUGGAACCCUAGAAGAAGCCUCGAAGAUGGAAAUCCAUGGACAGGAAGGUACGAGCCUUUUCGCAGCUACACCCUUGAGCACGAAGGAAGAAGAGAAAGGAAGGGAAUCCAGUGAGCACCCCGCCCAAGAUGCCUUAGUUCCACAGCCAGCAAAAACAGAGACUAUAGAAAAGAGAGAACCACAGCUCACAGGAGAAGAAAUGACGUUCCCAUCUCGGUUGGGAGAAACCUUGGACGCCACUCUGCAAGAGAAAGAGGAGAAGACUUCCACACCUCAAGAGCAAAGAGAUUUGCUAACAGAGUUGCAUAAGAAAAGUACACUAGAUGAAAAGGCCACAGAGACCCAGAAGUCCGCAACAGAAGCCUCUCCCUUGGAAUCUAAAGACGAUCAGAUUACUGUUACAAAAAAUGACUUUACCUCUCCUGCAAGCAUUGGUUCUUCUUCGCUCUCAGAAUCUAUAGCGGACGUAGGCACGGUAACAAGUGCCUUUUUUCCUGAAACCUUACCAGGUGUUCGACACACGUCUGAACCAGAAGAGAGUAGCAAAACAACAGAAAAGUCCGCUAUUACAGAGAUUACCAAAGACCUUUCAAAAGAUCAAACAAUGAGCAAAGGGCAGAUGAAAAUACAGGAAGAAGAUUUUGCAGUAGUGGGCCCCAGUGCCUCACAAAAAGCCAUUGUAGAACAAACUCCAAGUCAGGUUCCCCUUUGGGAAGAAGAGAAAGAUAUGACGGAGGAUGAAAGUGAUGAAGAGAAGUACUCCAUGUCCAGUAAACAGAAGCUCAGAGAAUUGGAUGAUCAGCCUUUUGCUGUGUGUGACCAAAAACCAACCGUUCUGGGUAAAGACGCUCUGGGAAAAGACGUUGAUCCUAAAGAAGCAUACGAUGCACCAAAAACAGAAGAUUUGGGGAUAACUGGGGAAUCAACGGCGUGGAAUGUUAAAAAAGAUGAGAAAACCCCUGGUGCUGAGGUCAUGGCAGACCGAUUCAGUAAAGAUUUUUCCCCUGAGAAAUACGAAGAGCAUUUAGAUACCGCUGCGUUACAUGAAACCAUAGAGAAAUCCCCAUCUGAAGCACACAAAGAGCCCCAGGAAGACAAACGUUCUGAAAAAGAAGGGAAAGGUGAAGUGUUUCCUGUUGCAGAUUCAGAUCCCCACCAAAUGAGGACAGAAGAAGAUAAAUCAGGUAUGUCCACGUAUUUCGAAACGUCCACUCUUAAAGACGAAGCUGUCAAGAGUGAUAAAGUACAGCAAGGCAACGAUUACUAUGAACUGAGUGAUUCGAAAGACCAGACUUAUGAUAUCGACCAUAAAAAUUCUCUUGUAUCUGAAAAGGAGACUGAUGAAUACCAGCCAGAAGCACACCGACAGCCCAGUCCACCUGCUCAUCAAAUUGGAUACAGUACCCUUGCCCAGAGUUUCCCAGAAGAUGAGGCUAAGGAGCCCAGCUCUCCUCCAGAAAGAAUGUAUACUAUUGACCCAAAUGUGUACGGUGAUAAGAGAGAACUCCACAAUAAAAAUAAAGAUGACUUAACUCUCAGCAGGAGCUUAGGGCUUGGUGGAAGAUCUGCUAUAGAACAGAGGAGUAUGUCAAUAAAUCUCCCAAUGUCCUGCUUAGAUUCUAUAGCCCUGGGGUUUAACUUUGGACGUGGUCAUGAUCUUUCACCUUUAGGUUCAGAUAUUUUAGAUACGGCUAGUGGAGACGAAGGCGAUGAUUACUUGCCUGCCACCACCCCACUAAUAGAAAAAGCUCCCCGCUUCCCAACAGAAAGUAGGGAAGACGAUGAUGAAGAAGAAGAAGCAGAAGAAAUAGCAGAAGAAGAAGCAGAAGAGGAAGAGAGGAUAGAAGAGUCCAAAUUUAAAGAAUCAGGAGAGAUUCAGGUGGAGCCUUUAUAUGAAUCCCCUUUGCUAGCUAAAGAUUAUUACAAAAACGGAACUGUAAUGGCUCCGGACUUACCUGAAAUGUUAGAUUUAGCUGGCACGAGGUCAAGAGUAGCAUCUGUGAGUGCAGACACGGAGGUGGCACAACGGAAAUCUGCUCCUUCCGAAGUGGUUGUUGAGGAUAGCUCUGCAGUUCAGCAGCUUAUGACUGAUGAGGAUCACAUGACUCUAAGAGCUGACAGUCAAGUAGAAGAUUUAGGCUACUGUGUUUUCACCAAAUACACGGUGCCAUUGCCAUCUCCAGUUCAGGACAGUGAGAAUUUGGCAGGAGAAAGCUGCUCUUAUGAGGAGAAAAUGAGGAGAGGGGUAGUUACAGAUCUCUCGUUGAUAGAAGUGAAGUUGGCAGCAGCUGAGAGAUCCUGUGAAGGAAAAGAGGUCUCUGGGGACUCCCCAGUUUGGGGCCAGGACUUUGAACAAGAGAGAAAAGCUAUUGAUAAGUUAGAUACCGUGUUAGAAAAAAGUGAGGAACAAGCUGAUGCUAAGGAAGUAUCUUUUCCUGAAGAUACUGAGCAUGAAAUAAAGCUUGGUGCAGAGCUAGCAGAUGUUAAUGAUAAAACUCUAGUUGAGCCAGAAAAAAAGUCUUCAUUAAUUAAGGAAGAGGAAAAUGCUAUUCACGUUGCUGCAAACAUAGAUAAGGCAGAAUUGUCCUGCAAACCAGACUACAAUGCUAUAAAGCAUGAUAUGGAUUCUGCUGCUCGGCAAGUGGAACAGGAGUAUCAGAGUAAAUUAGGAGGUCACAUCACUGAAUUAGUUUCAGAGCAGAAUAAAGAAGAUCCAGAGAAGAUUCUCUUUGCAUUACAUCAAGAACCUGAUCUAUGUGCAACAUUGGAAUCUAAUAAUAUUAAAGAUGCAGCUAAACUGUCUGAAAUUGAAAUUAAGGAAAAGGGCCCUAAGCCUGACCUGGUGCAUCAAGAAGCAGUAGAUAAAGAAGAAUCAUACGAAUCAAGCGGUGAUAAUGGUCAAGUGCAAGAGGGAUUGUCUGGAGAAAUUUCAAAGCCACCUGAGGGCAAAAUACAACGAGAAAUCCCACCUUUACCAGAGGAAGAACAUGCAGAAAAAAGUAUACCGAAAGUUAUUCAAGAAGAACCAGCGGAAACUCAAAUGGAGAGCAUAAUGGAACAUAAAGUAGAUCAGGCAGAUCAUGUGGAGAUAACCGAGACUGAGAAAGUUGAGAAGUUGCCGCAUGAUUUAAAAUAUGAGAAAGAAGAAAAAGUGGAAGAAGAGCAGAAGGAAGAGAUUAAGCAAACGGAAGAACAAGAGGAAGAAGUAAAACACACAAAAGAGGAAAUCAAAUACAGGGAAGAACAUGAAAAAGAGAUUAAAAAUGUAGAACAGCAAGAGGACGCCAAGCAUGUGAAAGAACCUGAAGUAGAGAUUGAGAAAGAUGAAUAUGAAGAAAAGACUAAAGAAGAAGAAGAGGAAGAGAUCAAGCAAGCAGAAGGACAAGAAGAGGAAAAAGAGAAAGAAGAGGAAACCAGUAAGCAAACGAGUAAAGACGAGGACUUGGAGAGCCCCAGUGAAGAAGUAUGUAAGGCUAUCCCUGUGGAGAUACCUGAGCUCAAAGGAGUCAUAGAAUCUGUUGUUACGGUUGAGGAUGAUUUCAUUACAAUUGUACAGACAACCAUUGAUGAAGGAGAAGCCAAUUCCCACAGUGUUCGCUUUGCUGAAACAGCACAGCCUGAAACAGCCGGAGAAGGUCCCUGUACUGAAGAGCUGGAUAUGGAGGCAGAAGUUAUUGCUCAUGUUGAAGCAGACUCAGAAGAAAAGUCUUUGGAACCUCCGGGCUCAGCUGAACAGGAAGAAAUCCCAGCAACUGAUUACAAGACAGAAACAUAUGACGAUUAUAAAGAUGAAACAACAAUGGAUGACUCCGUCCUGGAUACCGACAGCAUAUGGGUGGAUACACAAGAUGAUGAUAGGAGCAUCAUGACAGAACAGUUAGAGACUGUUCCUAAAGAGGAGAAAUCAGAGAGAGAAUUGCGGAGACCAUCUCUUGAUAAACAUAAAAAAGAAAAACCUUUAAAAACUGGGCGAGGCAGGAUUUCUACUCCUGAAAGGAAAAUAGCUAAAAAGGAACCUAGCACAGUCUCCAGAGAUGAAGUGAGAAGGAAAAAAGCUGUGUAUAAGAAAGCUGAACUUUCUAAAAAAGCUGAAGUUCAGGCUCACUCUCCCUCCAGGAAAAUCAUUUUAAAACCUGCUAUCAAACACACUAGACCAACUCAUCACUCCUGUGUUAAGCGGAAGCAGACAG